CGUGUAACACUUGUGGAAAGCAAUUCGCAAAACCUACUUUCUUGCGCCGCCAUCAAGUUGUGCAUACUAAAGAAAAAUCAUACGCAUGCGAAACCUGUUCACUCUGCUUUUCCCAGCAGAGCUCUUUACAGCGUCACAAACGCAUAAAGCAUACAAGAGCAGAAGCUAGUCCUGUGCUUGGAGAUGCCGAUCAAGUCGCCCAUCAAGCAUUGAGUGCUCUUCUAGACCUGCAGAGUGGAAUGGAGUCUUUAGUUAGACCACAAAAUUCCCCUACGCAAAAUAGCAUGCAAACUACUAUGGAAGAGCAUCCACAGUGCAGAAUCGUAGCGGUUUUGGAUAGAUUGGAUCCUUCUGGCCAAUUAACAACCUUAACCGUUCAAAGAAUACAGCGGUCUCCGAAUAAAUGCUUUUAUGUCUGCGAGUUUUGCGCCAAGGAGUUUUUCAAGUCUUACGACCUAAUCAGACAUCGACGCUCGCACACCAAAGAAAGGCCGUAUCCAUGUGUCACUUGCCUUCGACGAUUCUCCACGCGAACCAAGUUGAAUGAGCAUCAAAAGCGGAUGCAUAGAAAAUCGAGUAAUUGCCAACUGAACGAAAAGAAGCAGCGAAAAAUGGAAAGAGGUCAGAAACUCGCAGAACUUGAACAGUUAUUGCCGUUCCCACAGCAGAGUAUUACUUCAGGCAAAAGCUACAAAUGCGUUUACUGCAGUAGGAUAUAUAAACGAAAGUUCAACUGUCGGCGUCAUAUGUUGACGCAUUUAAGCCGUUUUUUAAACGAGAAGCAAGUGAACCCACACUGUAGAAAAAAUAGCUCACCGAAUAGAUGCCUCGAGUGUAGAAAACCCUUUAAAAAUACAAACGAUUUAUCCAGACAUUUACUAACACACACUAAUACCAAAUCGCACGUAUGCCACCUCUGCCAUAAAGCUUUUAACCUUAAAUCAACGCUUUCUAGGCAUUUGGUAACCCAUCUCAAAUCUUCUCAACGACCUUCGGUUAACUGCCAAGUUUGUGGCAAGUUGUACGGCUCUAAGUCGGCUCUACAGAUUCACCUGCGUCUCCACACCGGCGAGCGCCCCUUCAAGUGCGAGAUUUGUCAGCAAACGUUUCGAACUUCGGGCCACAGGAUCGAACAUAUGCGGGCUGAGCGUCAUCGCGCAUUACCUCCCUCAUCACUCAUAUAAAAAAUAACAGAUGCGAAGGUAUAUUUUAACUUUAUCAAUACUAUGUAUAACAUAUUAUGAAUUAAAGCCUGGCGAAGUUCCGAAAUGAAA